AUGGUGAACCUGAAGAACAGCAGGACAGUGAAAGAGUUUAUCCCUGUGGGCUUUGAGCAGAGCUCCCCUUCCACUUAGGCACCAUUCUUUGCCCUCUUCCUGAUCCUCCACAGCCUCACCAUGGUCAUGAAUGGUCUCAUCAUCUUCAUCAUUAACAACCCCAUGUAUUUCUUUCUUGGCCACCUGUCUUUCCUGGACAUCUGCUUCAUCACCAUCACCAUCCCACAGAUGUUGAUCCACCUGGUAGCCAAGAACCACACUAACCACACUGUCUCCUUUGUAUCUUGCAUGACUCCGAUGUGCGUGGCCUUCUGUGUGGGUGUAACUGAGUGCAUCCUCUUGGCUUUUAUGGUCUAUGACCAUUAUGUUGCUGUCUCCCAUCUGCUUAAUUAUGCCCAGAUUAUGAGCCAGCAGGUCUGUGGCAGGCUGGUUAGUACUUCCUGGUUCUUGGGGCUAAUCAAUGGCUUCUUUCUUGAAGCCAUUCUGUCAUUGGGAAUCUUCUGCAGAGACCACAUAGAAAACUUCUUUUGUAUGGCCCCCAUAGUGGUUGCCCUCUCUUGUGGGGACCUUCAGUUUAGUCUGAGGACAAUCUUUGCAUGCUGCACAGCCCCCAUGGUGCUCAUUAUCAAAAUAUAGGGCUAGGGUUAGUGUUAGGGUUAGGGUUUCUAUGCCUGCAUCCUGGCCUCCUUCCUUGGCAAAGCUUCCUCCUCAGGCUGGGGGAAGACCUUCUCUACUUGUACCUCUCAUCUGACUGUGAUCAUCUUUUCCUACACCUCAGCUAUGUUCUCUCACAUGAAUCCCUGCAGCACACAAAGGCCUGACAAGCCCUUCUUCCUUCUCUACAUCAUCAACCCCUGUGCAAACCCAUCCUACAGUUUCUGCAAUAAGGAAAUGAAGGGAGCCAUGGUGAGGGCCCUUGAGAGAACCAGCCUGACCCAGUCAGAGUCUGUCUAG